AUGCGUCUGCAAUUGAUUUCUAUGCUUUUCAUGGGAACCGUGAUUGCCAUUCCCUAUGGUGGUCGAGAAUACCGAAAGGAUGCACAUCAGCCUAUAACUUUGACCAUGCCCGCAUCUACACCAAUAAAAAGGACGACUACAGCAGCCCGUACACCCCCAUCUCCGUCAUUAGAUGCCCAAAAGAGAAUGUUGCCAUUUUGA